AUGGAAGAGCAGUCGAAGCCCGGCAAACUGAAUGUUCUGAUCGGUACCUCGGGAAGUGUGGCCACUAUCAAGCUUCCAACGAUAGUUCAAGAACUUUCGAAGUAUGAGAUGUUAGAAGUCCAGGUAGUCACAACGCCAUCAGCGCUUCACUUCUUUGAACCCAGUCAACUCGUUACUGCUAAGGGUGAACCAGUCAAGGUCUGGACUGAUGAGGAAGAGUGGCAGAGUUGGAAGAAAAUUCCGGAUCCGAUUGUUCAUAUUGAGCUCAGAAGAUGGGCAGAUGUCAUUCUAGUUUGCCCAUGCUCAGCAAACACUUUGGCCAAAAUCUCCAACGGCUUGUGUGAUAACUUAUUGACCAGUUUGAUAAGGGCGACCAACCCGAAAGAUACGCCAGUCAUCAUUUUUCCAUCCAUGAAUACUCUGAUGUAUGAGCACCCAUUAACCCGAAAGCAAAUCAAGAUAGUAGCCGAAGAGAUUGGAAUUGAAGUCAACGGACCCAUCUCAAAAACUUUGGCUUGUGGAGAUAAAGGGCUUGGUGCUAUGACCGAAUGGAGAGAUAUUGUAGAUCUGGUAGUCACUCGGUUCCUGACUAAGAAAAUGUCAAUCGGCAACACUUGUGAAAAUCUUGUGGAAAGCUGUCGAGGGCAGCGUCAAUAA